AUGUUAUCAGUUGAACAAAGGUAUAAUAUUUGCCUUAUGGCAGAAACUCACCCAAAAUGGACUCAACAAGAAUUAGCAAGAUGGGCUUACGAAACUUUUCAAUUACCGAAAAUUCCAUCACAAGGUACAAUAUCAAGAAUAUUAACUAAAAAAUCAACAUAUAUGAAUACAAAAGAACACGAAAAGGAUGUAAACAGAAUUAGAAAACCAAAUAAUUUAUUAGUUCGUAGGAUUUUACAAGAAUGGAUUAAUCAAAGUUUGUGGAAUGGUAUACCAAUUACUUCACCAAUUAUACAAGAAACUGCUCAUGCAGUUUGGCAAAGAAUUCCAUCAAAAUAUAGAGAAGGUAAUGGAUCUUUUACUUAUAAAUGGAUUUCAAAUUUUUUAGCUAAAAUGGACGUUAAUGUUUCAAUCUUAGAUGAAGAAAUGCCAAAAAUUCCAAAAAUUUGGACUUUUGAAGAAAGAAGUUAUUUAAAAGAAUAUUUCUCGAAAUUACCUGCAACUGAUGUUUUCACUUUAGAUGAAACGUUUUUAGCUUAUAAUUUACCAUUAGAUUAUGCACAAUAUGAAAUUAGUAGUAUUCAAAGAAAAGUUGAAGUUGCAACUGUAAUGUUAUGCGCAAAUUUAGAUGGUACAGAAAAAUUAAAACCUUUAGUUGUUGGUAAAUAUGAAAAUUAUAAAAGUUUUAGAAAUUAUUUCCCAAAUGAACCUUUAAGCUCAUUAAAUCAAUCAAGUUUAGGUGAUAAAAUGGCAAAAAAAUUUGACAUUUCUUAUCAAAGUAAUACAAAAUCUUGGUUAACGAGUAAUUUAUUUCAUGAUUGGUUAGUCAGAUGGGAUAAACGUUUAGUUGCAUAUAAUAGAAAAAUUUGGAUAGUAUUAGAUGAUUCAUGUUCACAUAGAAUUAUUAAUUUACAUUUACACAAUAUUACAUUAAUUUAUACUUCGGCAACUUCAAAAUUUUUACCAUUAAAUUGGGGGGUAUUAGAUGAAUUUAAGACAAGAUAUAGAAUACAACAAUAUAAUGCUUUGAUCGAGUUACAAAAUAAAUAUGAAGAAAAGACUAAACAUCCUUAUUUUAUUAGUUUUGAACAAAGUGAAUUGACAAUGUCAAAUGCUUUUAAAUUUAUUAAAAAUGCUUGGGAUGAAAUUCCAUUAGACACAAUUAAAGCAAAUUGGAAAAGUUCAGGUAUUAUACCAUCAAAUCUAAUUCAUUUAAAUGAAAAUAUUAGUAUGGCUUUUAAAAAAAAUGAAGCUUUAGAAGCGGAAUUAGAUAAUUUAUGUCAUAAAUAUCGUUGUGUUAAACAAUGGGAAUAUGACAUGUUAUUAGAUUUAAAUAUGGAAAAUAAAAGUGCUAAUUUCUUAAGUAUGGAAGAAUUAGUUGAAAGUUCAAUAAUUGAAAAUAUGGAACCAGGUGAUGAUACUAUUACAAAAAUGACAGGUAAUGAACAAAUAAAAGAAAAUGAUAGUGAUGAUGAUGGAUUAUUGGAUCUUCCUGGAGAAGAAAAUUUAAAUGAAUUAUCAACAAUUAAUAAUAAACCACAAAGAUCAAAUAGUAUGGCAGAUUUUAAUUUUGCAAGAUUUGCGGAUAAUAUUACUAAAUCUAAUGGAUUUUUACCAAACAAUACACAAAAUGAUGAUACAACAAAUAUAUUAACAAAUCCAGCCCUUGUUGAUACAUCAAUGGAUCAAAAUUUGCAAAAAUUCCUUAAUGAACCAUAUUUACAAGAUAUUCAAAACAAUUAUUUCAAUGUGAGUAAUUUGAUUGAUAGACCUAAUUUAUUUCUUCCAGAAACUGAAUCGACUAUACCUGAUAUUGGGAUAGAUUUACCACAAAAUGAUUAUUUGACAAAUGUUUUUGGUAACACCAUGAGUCCAACAACAACAUCACCGAAUACAAAUUCUACUUUACCAAUUAAUACGAAUGUUAUUAAUACUGCAAAUACUAAUUUUGACAGGUCUCCAAUGACAAAUAUAGGAAGCGUAGGAAAUAUUAAUACCUCGACUUCAGGUAUGAAUAAUUCACCAUUGAAUAUGUCAGUAAAUUCUGUUCAAAGUUUCGAUGUACCUGAUUUAAAUCGCAUAUUGCAUGAAAAUCAAGAUAACACAACAAAUGAUCCAAUCCUGGAUACUCAUUCAACUGUUACUUCUAAUGGUUUAAGUCCUACACCAUCGAGAAAUAUCGUAAUAAAUUCAAGGCAAACUAAUAUCGAGGUUGCUAAGGCAUUGUAUACAGUUAUACUACAUUCCGACGGUACUGAUCUAAAUAUUUCAAAAAGUGGUCAAAGUGAACUACGUGCAACUUACAGAUCAUUAUUAAAACAAAUUAGAAAGACAAAACCACAAAACAAUAAAAUCAAAAAGAUGAUUAAUGAAUCAGCACUGGAUAAUAUUUUGAAUCAAUCCAAUCAAAACAUAAAUUUGGAAAAUUCUUCAAAUUUUCUUUAA